CUUGUCUUGUAGGAGGUAGAGCAGCUGCGCAUGGAGCGUCUCCAGAUUGACGAGCAGCUCCGUCAAAUUGGGGUGGGGUACCGUGCUCCUCCCAGUCGAAGCGGGGGCCCAGGCGGAGAACGGGAGAAAGGCUACUUGACUGAUGAGAGCAGCAACUCACUCCACACGUCUCGCACCUACGGGGGCCGCGGCAGAGGACGCAGGGCCUCCAACAGUCAGUACUCUGGAUAUGGCACCAACUCUGAACAGUCCAACGCCUCUGAGUCUGAGGAUGUCAAUGAGCGAGACCAGCGACCCCGCGGCAUUGGCGGAGAUGAGAGAGGCUCCCGGCGGGGCGGCAGGGGCAGAGGCUCCAAUUCAGGACGAGGCCGCGGAGGGCCAGGGUCCAAGCCCUCCAACUCCAUCAGCUCAGUGUUGAGGGACCCAGACAGUAACCCAUACUCCCUGCUGGAAGGAGAAGGAGAGCUUGCUGAGGCAGAUCUCAUUGAAGGAGACCGCCGCAGACGCUCCCGACGCCGCCGCAACGACCAGGAGCCCAGCGUAAUGGACGCUGCUGCAGAGUCGGACAGCCAGGCCGGCCCCAGUGAGAACGGACUGGAUGAAGAGGCGCGACCACAGCGCCGCAACAGAAGCCGCCGCCGCCGUAACCGUGGCAGCCGUACAGAGGGAGGUUCAGCCAGCCGUGACAGACAGCCUGGUGAGAGUGUGACUGUUGCCGACUACAUAUCUCGUCCUGAGUCCCAGAGCAGACAGAACCUGCCCCAGAAGGAAAACCACACUGGCCCAGAGCCCAAGGAGAACGGCACCAGUGCCAAGAAGGAUGAGACACCACCCUCCAAGCGUUCCCCCAGCAAUGGCAUGACCUCGGCCAGCGAGACACUGACCCUGGUCAACGGGGUCUCGUAAAGAGACGGGCCCCACCCCUGGGCGAACCCAAGUCUAGAGCAAGACUCCAUGGCAAUCUCUGUCCCUGCUUGCAUUAACUUAAACCUUUAAACAGAUGAGUGAAAAGUACCUGACAAAAUACCUGAAUUCAUACAUGAGAGUGAAAAAGUACAAAAAAACGACAAACGCAUCUACUUAAAAACACACGUUAACGGUGUAUGCUAUCCUAUCUAUCAGUACGUAGUGCUUAUUUAAAAAAAACAACAACUAGCUUGCCAAAAAAGAGCUGGUGGAUAUGACUUGAUUUUUAAAAAUACCGAAACACGAGAAACAGGACGCGACUUUUUUCCUUUUUUUUUUGUUUUUUUGUUUUUGGACAGUUGUCUUUAUUUGUGUCUUUUCUUUUUUUUUUGUUCUUGUUAAUUUUGUUCAUUGUUUAUCACUGGUUUGGACUAGGCGGUCGCUUUCUCAACCAAAACAGACACGUCUCUUAACAGUGUUAAAGUACAGACAAGAGAGAUGUAAGCUGUAGUGAGGGGCGUACGAGAAGACAGUCCAAUAGCUUAUGUGACGCGAUGUUCGCACACUGAACCUGGGAGUUGAGACAGACGGAUUGGAAUAUUGAUAGACAUUGUGCCUUGAAUUUGAAAAAAAAAAAUAAAAUAAAAAAAAAACUUGAGUUUUUCCAUUUUAGUUUGUUUUUGUUUCAAGCGGAAGGAGAGAAAAAAUAGGUGUUCUUCCAGGUUUUUUUUUCUUUUUGGUACCAAUGAGAGAACAAACCUGUGAGGGAGGGAAAAAAAAAAAAAAAAAGAGGAUGAGAGAGAGGGAGUGGCCGGCCAUCACGAGGGGGAGAGAGAAGUCUGGUGCCAAACACGAAAUUCGAGGCGUUGUCAUCAUUCCGAGUAGAAUGGACAGCGUUGGGGGGUCGAUGCGUGCGUGCAUCUGUGUGCGUUUGUGUGUGCAAAGGUGAGAUUUGGCAACAACAAACCUAAACUGGGAAGGGGAUGAGGCAACGAACGGAAAUGUAGCCCUGGUCAAGUCGCAUUGGGGAGGCGUGUCUAUGUAUCAGCGGGCCUGAAAGAGAGCAAGGGGGAGUUAGGUGAUGUCACUUCCUCCUCUCACCUGUUUAAGUCUUUUCAAGGGUCCAGGGUGGCACCGGUGUAGCCGAGUUAACGGGACGGGCUGAGACCAGACGGACGGCAGAAUUAAACUCUAGAUUUAGACUCAAAGAGAACAAUACCGUGCCACUUUUCUCUGUCGGAGGAGGGGGCGGCGGUGCUUCCAGCCACACUAGUGUCUUGACGAACCACUGCAGCCAGCGCGGCUCCGGAAGCACACGAGGGCGACCACCUUUUCUAGGAUGGGGGGGGUGUUGCUAGCGGCGGUAGGGUAGACCACUGGAAACUGUGGGAUGGGGGACAGCUUCAAAUGACGCGAGAGCCACAUGACACACAGGCCCACAAUAACAGGUACACAAACACAUACACAAGAGGCGCACACACCAGGUGCGUCGGCGUGGUCGCCCGCAUGGCACAAAGUCGAGGACUGAAAAAGGAAAUAAACGAGCGAGGUGUCUGUCUUGUACCUGGCAGUUUGGGUGGACAAAUGGGAGUAAGAGAGGGACUCGAAACCUCAGUGGCUCUCUACUCGUGUUGUUACUGUUGUCUUGGUUACCGCUCUCAAGUUCUUUUUGUUGCUCUUUCCACAUCUUUAGAAAAAAACCCUAAUAUGAAAUAAAAAAUUGAAGUGAAAUCAACUUCUUCUCUGGAGACGAACUUUGAUUUCUCUGUCUUGUGAGUUUGCAGUCUAUUUUUCUAACUUGCAUGGCAUUUAGUUAAAGUAGUAGGUGGUGCCUGUCCUGUGCAUGAGGAAAGGGUGUUAUUAAUCUGACUUACAAAGCCAUUGUUUCAUUCACUAGAAUUGCUGCUAAUGUACACAUUGAAUGUCCAACUGAAGUAGAAACUCUACCUUGAAGAGAGAAAGUUAAAAAAAAAAAGAAAAGACAAAAAAGAAUCCCCCACCUGCCCCACGCUCAUCUGCCCAGAUCAUCCUAGUUUCUAUCGGUGGACACACAAGUCAGGAAGGGACCCAUUCCUUUUGAAUCUCAUCAAGUAUUAAACUAAAAAGGGCAAACAUUGUGCAUGACAAGCGAGCGUCCACAUGACCAAAGGUUUUGAGAGACACAUGAAUGGGAGUGUGGCUGAAUGGAGAUGACCCAGAUGCUGCUGUUACACAUUUCUGCUCACCUGUACGUUGUGUUUUUAGAGAAUGAACGAGCACUUGAGUAUUUGUACCUUGGUUUCGGUCGCAUGGGUACGCGUGGAGAAAAAACCCUUACUUGUAUGUUUGCGUUUGCCUUUAUACCUCAUUGUGUGAGUACUGUAUUCCCUUAUGUAUCUGUAUCCCUCACGUCCCGUUGAAAGGCUGCUGUGCGUGCGUGUGUGUGCGUGUUUUGUGUGCGUCUGUGGAUGCUGGUUGUACAGUCGACUCCUCACUCUGUCAGAUUUUGUCUCUGGUUUUCUCACUCAUGUUCUGAUGGCAAUAAAGGACUUUUCAUUGUUUGGUA